AUGUUAGUUGUUUGGUCAUGGAUGUUCUAUUUACUUAGGAUACAAUGCACUGAAGACAAGGCUUAUAAACUGAUCAAGGCUGAAUAUGAUAAUUUGGAGGAUUUUAAAACUAUGAACCAAACCAAAAUAUACCGUGAUAAAGUGAUACUAUUUCCUGAUGUUACACGAGGCAGUGAUAUAGUUGAGACGAAUGUCAUAUGCGUAGAUAGUAAUACUGGUAUUGUAAGCACUAUGAAGUUUACGCAUGAUGAUACAUUGAUAUAUAAGGCACAGGCUAACAUUCUUAGUUUUGUGACAAAUCCCAACCCAGAUGAAGGAUAUUUUAGGGAAUGCGUUAUCAACUUCUACACGAAUGAUGAUACAACCGAAGAAGAAUGUGAGGAAGCAAUAAAACAACUAAAGGCAGUAGCAAAACAAAAAGAAGACGAAGGAGAUAUAUCAAGCUACUUUGUGUAUGAAGAAAUAGUGAAGGCAACGAUCGAAAUAGGAAAGGAUGGUAUAUUAACAGCAGAUGAAAAGCAAAAAAGAUUGAUAGAAUAUCUCCUACAAUUACCAACGCUAAUCCCUAUUAGUUUUUUGGGAUCUGAUGAUGUUAAUAAUACAGGAUAUUUCUUUAUGGCAUUUACACUUAAAAGAGAGAAAAUGAAGUCAGAGAUAAUCAAAGUAACAAGAAAGCAGGGUGAAAACCCCAUAAUAGAGAUCCUGGACGAAUAUGGAGCAGCAACAAAAAAGAAUGGAAUAUCGAAAAAAGUCAAAGCAUGGAUUGUUGUCAUAGCAGUUAUUGUGGGAGUUGCAAUAAUAUCAACGAUGGUAAUAAUACGUUGCUUGAUAUAA